AUGAGAGGAGUAUGGAAUCCUUCAGUAGUUCUUCACUCACAGACAAUUUUCAAUCACUCAUUCUCUCAUCUUCAUACUCUCUCCACCAUCAGAUCAUCAUCAUCAUCACCACCACCAAUAAACCAGCUGAAAUCCACCAACACCACCACUAACAAGUAUUGGAACAAAUUUUAUAAAAUCCACAACAACAAGUUCUUCAAGGACCGGCAUUACUUGGAGAAGGAUUGGGCGCAUUACUUCUCCUCUGGUAUAAACUCCGAUUCUCCAAUUUCACCGUCCAAAGUUGUUUUAGAGGUUGGUUGUGGAGCUGGGAAUAGUGUGUUUCCAUUGAUAUCAGCAUUCCCUAAUAUUUUUGUUCAUGCUUGUGAUUUCUCAGCUAAUGCUAUUUCACUUGUUAAGGCAAAUGGAGAUUUCAAAGAAGAGAGAAUCAAUGCAUUUGUUAGUGAUGUCACCAAGGACGACCUUUGUGAAACAAUUAGUACCAAUUCGGUUGAUAUUGUUACCUUGAUAUUUGCACUGUCUGCAGUUUCUCCAGACAAAAUGCCCUUGGUAUUGCAGAACAUUAAGAAAGUCCUUAAGCCAAAUGGUUAUGUUCUUCUGCGAGAUUAUGCCACCGGUGACUUUGCGCAGGAGCAACUCAUGCUAAGAAACCAGAUGAUAAGUGAGAGUUUUUACGUCCGUGGAGAUGGUACUUGUGCGUACUAUUUUUCUGAAGAUUUCUUGUCGAGAUUAUUUAAACAAAAUGGUUUUGAUCCUGUUGAAAUCAAUGUAUACUGCAAGCAAAUUGAGAACCGCUCUAAGAAUAUCACCAUGGAUCGGCGAUGGAUACGUGCUGUAUUCUGCAAACAAGAUCCCUGUAAAGAUCCUCCUUUGUCCAUGACUGAAGCUAGAUGACAGUAUGGUUAUUCCUUGACUAAAAAUUAAAGUCCUCAUUUACUAAGGUGAGUUCAUCACUUCCUACAUCUGUUAUUCAUCUUAAUAAGAAGAUAUUUUGUUCUGUGGGAAUUACUCGUUGAGUAACUUGUACUAUUCUUUGACUUGAGGUUCAGUUCCAGCGGGAAUAUUGCACCUAAGUGGAAUACUGUGAUCUGUGAACUUAUGGUGAUGUAUGUUGUCUGACUAAGUAACAUCUAUUAGGAAAUUUUGUAUAGAAAGUAAUGACUCAUUUUUACAUGCGGCAUAUCAGAAAUUUUCUACAGUAGCGUUUUAUAUCUAAUUUGUCUUAUAGCACCUGCGGCAAUAAAGUUACUUAGUCAGACUAAUUGAAGCAUGAUUUGAUCUGUUUGAGUUUUCUUUAAAAUAAUUGAAGAAUGAUUUGAUCUUAAGUUUAUGAAUGACUUCUCUACAUAUAAACUUUUCCUGUUGAAGAUUGUUUUUCAUAAUUAGGAAGAAGAACAUAGUGAAGACGCUACAACAUAACUUUUCAUGUUUGACAUUUGAGAUAAAGGAAGGUACCCCUUUUUCAGUUUUUCCAUAUUCUAGACUUCUAGUCUUCUAGUCUUAGAUCCGAUAUUAGAGAACUUUGAAAUUAAGGAUUAGCCUGAAAUUGUGAUCUGGGGUUCAACUUCUAGUUUUAGGCUACAAACUAGAAUUCUAGUCCAACUUAGACAGAUCGGAGACAAUAUAAUUCAUGUUUAGAAACAUAGAUAUAGCUCACAAGUUACAAGAACAAAGAUGACGAACCAGAAGAAAAAACGAGAAAUUUAACUAAAAGUUACCAAUAAAAUGAAAAGAAAGAUAGACAUUUAGAUUUUCCUAUCUCUGCACAGUUACAAUUUGAUCUUUUCCUUAAGAGAUUCGAAAACACGUAAUUUUUCAUCAAUAAAGAUAAACAUGAGAAAAAAGUAGAUGUAACAGGAAGGUGGAAA